CGUGUGUAGAUCGAAUGGAAUAUCAGGCUCGUUAGCCCGAUCGAAGAAGACUGGAGCUUGCGCAGCCGUACGAUUAGAAUAUUACGAAAAUGUGUAAAAGCGUUGAGCACGGUUUACGAAUACCAACGCCGUCACAAAUCGUACCUACACUCGUACAAGCCGAUAUUGUACAUAGUUACCGCUGCUGCUGGCAAAGAAGUGCGCUCCCGUUGAAGAGGAUCGCGACGAGACUGGGAGGUGGAGUGAUUCCGGCAAAUGAUGAUCAAUUGAAGAAAGAUUUUGGAAAAUGACGCGCAUCAGCUCGGUGUUCCUACUGACUUGGGGAAUUUUCGUCCUCACUUUGAUCGGAGAGUCCAGAUCCGUCAGCUGGGAGGAAUGGUGGACCUACGAUGGAAUAUCCGGUCCGGCUUUCUGGGGUCUGAUCAACCCCGAGUGGUCCCUCUGCAACAAAGGGCGAAGACAAUCACCGGUGAACCUUGAACCUAAGGGGUUGCUGUUCGACCCGAAUCUCCGUAACCUGCAUUUGGACAAACACAGGGUCGACGGUAUCCUCGCCAACACCGGGCACAGCGUUGUCUUUGCGGUCGAUAACGACACUCGUCAUCCGGUGAAUAUAUCCGGAGGUCCGCUCAGCUACCGCUAUCAGUUCCACGAGAUUCAUCUCCACUACGGCCUGGAGGAUCGGACCGGCAGCGAACACACCGUCGACGGAUACGCCUUUCCAGCUGAGAUACAGAUAUUCGGAUUCAACUCGCAACUGUACAACAACUUUUCCGACGCACUCCACAGAGCUCAAGGAAUCGUCGCGGUCUCCCUCCUUCUACAGCUCGGUAAUUUGUCGAACCCCGGGCUGAGAAUAUUCACGGAAGGCUUGCACAAGAUCAAGCACGGAGGGGAGGCGAUGGAGAUCAAGCGAUUAGCUGUGAGAGAGCUUCUGCCAAAUACGGAAUACUACAUGACCUAUGACGGGUCGACCACCAUGCCGGCGUGUCACGAAACCACCACCUGGAUCAUAUUGAACAAGCCGAUCUACAUAACCAAGCAACAGCUGCAAGAACUUAGGAAAUUGAUGCAGGGAGAUGCGAGACACCCCAAGGCUCCCUUGGGGAAUAAUUACCGACCCCCGCAACCUCUGCACCACCGUCCCGUGCGAACGAACAUCAAGUUUCAUCACCAGGGAGCUAAGAAUUGCCCGACGAUGUACAGAGAUAUCAAUUACAAAGCCAACAGUUGGAAUCAGCCCUGAGCGAUCGAAGUCCGCGCUUUGAUCGAUCCGACGUAAUCGCGCCAGCUGGAAAUCCUCGUCGGAGUUACAGGAGUUGAUGCAGAUCGUCGCGCGUCGUCGGGAUUUUCGCCGUAUUGCGAAAAUAAGGAAAAUAAGGAAAAUGACAGCACGAAGAGAAUAAAUAACGAAACGAAUAACUGAAUAAAAUUAAAAUAACGGAAAAGGAAUAAAAUUCACAUAUCAACGUAUAUGUGUGUGUGUGGCGCAAAUCUAAAUUUUGUUAUUUAUACGAUACAUCACGGAGGUUUGCCUCACCUCUGCAUAACUGGUCAGAAGAAAAAUAAUAAUAACAAUACUAAUAAUAAGGAUAAGAAUAAGGAUUCCAAUAAUACUAAUAAUAUGCUUCGUUAAAAUAUUAAAUUUAUUAUGUAUAGACGUGAUCUGCCAAGUAUGUUUCCAUUAAAACACUAUCAGAUUGAAGGGGGGAAGAAUUACGAAAAGCAAAAACGACGUGAAAAGAAGACGAAAGAGAAAGAAAAUGUUGCGAAAAUAACAAAAAAAAACAAUAUACAUAUAUUAGUUUAGAGACUCGGAUAAGAAUAUAAAUAUAUAUCGAUAAAUAUAUAACAAGAGGAAAAUGAAGAAACAUUAAGUAAAUUACCUAAUAAAAUUGAUAAAAAAAAAAAAAGCUAUGACUAUCGGGGCCUGUGAGGGUAAGAUGCAACUAUGUAAAAUAUAUAACGAGAAAAAAAACGAAAAGUAAUGAAAAAAAAAAAAAAAAAACAACAAAACAACAAAAACGUAAUAAUGAAUGAAAAGU